AAGUAAUGAAAGCAUAUCGUGGCAACGUUGAACUAUUCGAGAAAGGUACAUGUAGAGGAUCUGCAAGUGCCUCUGAGCUCUAAAGUGUCAUGUGUCACCUGACCAAGGACUGUGGAUGUCAUACAUGUACAGGAUCCUCUGGACCAACACAGGUGGAGCUUCAGGGCAUGGAGAAAAGCAUCAAAGAACACCCUUAGUUUCCAGAUCAUAGGGGGGAUUCCUAGUUGUGUUGUCAACCACACACACAGCAAUGCCCGCGUUGAGCUCUUUUGAACGGAAACUGAACAAACAUGCAACAACCUUUCUGAUUGGUGGUUUGUUUCUGUCAUUGAGCGUGCUUUUUUACUUUGCUUUUUGCAGCUUGCCAUGUGAUGAUGUCACGAGCAGCUUAUCGCGUGCUGAUCUCAGAGAUGCUCAGAACAAAGCUUUCUGGAAUCGGAAUAUCCUGGCACCAUCACGUGACCUUGUAUACCCAGAGGUUGUGUUCAUAAUGUCUGCCCCAGACAAUUUAAUGGGAAGAGACACCAUUCGCGAGACUUGGGCCAAAGAUCUUCCUAAUACCGUUCUCCUGAGAUUUAUAAUUGGGACUGGAUCUCUAUCAACACAACAGCACAGCAACAUACAUCGAGAAAACUUCAUUCACUCUGAUCUUCUCUUGCUGAAGUCUGUGAACGACAGCUAUGGUACAUUAACAUUGAAACUUCUGGAAAGCUUUAAAUGGUUAGACAGACAUGUUGAAUUUACCCACUUGAUCAAGGCAGACGAGGAUUCCUUCGUUCGUGUUGAUCGUCUAGCGUAUGAGCUACAGAAGAAGCCGAAAGAGAGAUUUUACUGGGGAUUCUUCGACGGAAGAGCACAUGUGAAAAAGGCAGGAAAGUGGGCUGAAGCAGACUGGAUCCUUUGUGAUAGGUACCUCCCGUACGCCCUGGGUGGUGGCUAUGUUCUCUCCUCUGAUCUCGUCCACUAUGUGUCUUCCAACUCAAAAUUUUUAAAACUUUUCAACAGUGAGGAUGUUUCUUUAGGCGCUUGGCUGGGUCCACUGGACAUUAAACGGUCACAUGACACAAGAUUUGACACAGAAUACAAAUCGCGAGGUUGUAAAAAUAGCAACCUUAUAAUGCACAAACAGACACUUUUACAAAUGCGGGAACUGCACAAUAAUUUAUUAAAAAUGGGCCAAUUGUGUUCUAAAGAGGUAGAAUAUAGGAAAUCUUAUGUAUAUAACUGGAAUGCUUUGCCUUCUCAGUGUUGUAAGCGGCCACAGGAAGUCACCAGUUAGAAAUGACUGACAAAGGAUUAUUUUAUAUUCAAAAUGUGAUACUCUGUGGUGUGUAACUAUACCAUUAUGCUGGCAUAAAACCAAUGGGAACAACGAUACAGCAAUGUGAUGAUGACAGAAUAUUAUUUGCCUUAGAUAUAUACAAGAUGGGUCUACCCAGUAGUGCCUUAGGUUCAUUAGUCAGAAGGCCCACUUGUCUUAAUGUUCAUUAGCCUGAAAGACCACUGGUCAGAUGAUUUAUUAGUCCGUAGGUUCAUUAUUCAUCCCAUUAGCCUAAAAAUUCACUAGUCCAAGUGUUCAUUAGUCUGAACUGGGUUUUUUUUUAGGUCACCUGACCUAUUGCUAUUGGUUUCCGUUCAUAGUCGUGUGUUGUCUGUCGUGCAUCGAUUAUUACUAAUUUUACGCUUUUAACUUCUUGAAAACAUACAGUAAAACUCGUUUAGUACGAACACGGAUAUAGCAAAUUCUUGCAUAUAGCGAAGUUUUUUUGAGUCCCCAGUAAAAUUCUUAACAAAUCUUGCAAAUUCUUACGGUUAUAACGAAUUCGGAUAUAACAAAUUAAUGGUUAUAGCGAACUGAUUUUGAGUCCCGUAGUUGUCAAUUAUAACAAAAUUUAAAACUUUUAUAACGAAUGUCUUUACAGUUUCAAAAAGUUUGCACUACCCUUUAACAUAAUAGUUUGAAUGAAUUUAUUUUCAUAUAAUUUUUUCGACUUACAAUCCAAUUAUUAAUUGUUUUUGAUUAUUAUGUAUUUUUUUUUUAAAGCCUCAAUUAGCAAAAAUUAUAGUUUGGUCUAAGAAUACAUGUAUAUAGUGAAUUCGCUAUAGUUAUAUUACAAAUUCGUUAUACGGAUAUAGCGAAUUACGGAUAUAAUGAAAUAAAUCCAUCGGUCCCAAGGACUUUGCUAUAACCGAGUUUUACUGUACCGCCUAUUGUUACAAUUUUUGGUUUAAAAUUUUUAUCAAUCAAUCUGAUUAAAAUCAGAUCCUUUGAUCCACUCACGUAGAUCUCUUUAGCGGAUCAAAGGAUCUGAUAUAAUCAGAUUAAAGUUUCUGUAGGAUAAGAGGAAUCUGAAUGGUAAAAGUUAUUACCUUACUACCCCAGGGGCCUAGUGGGUGGGGCCAAAAAUGG